GAAGACUCUUAAUUUACCUUAAAAACUAAAACUUUCCUCUGCAAGCUGCUUUACUGGUUUUGUUCUUAAAAAAGGGAAGCAAAGAUGUUGCAAAGAGCUGCUAGCAAUGCCUACUCAUGGUGGAUGGCUAGCCAUAUCAGAACAAAGCAAUCAAAAUGGAUGGAACAAAACCUUCAAGAUAUGGAGGAAAAGGUAACUGCAGUACUUAAACUCAUCCAAGAAGAUGGAGACUCCUUUAUCCAGAAAGCGGAAAUGUACUACAGAAAGAGACCCGAUAUAAUAAGUUUCGUCGAAGAAUUUUUCCGAGCUUACCGUGCCUUGGCUGAAAGAUACGAUCACUUAUCAACCGAGCUACAGAAUGCCAACAACACCAUUGCUUCCAUUUGUCCUGAUCAAGUCCGAGGCUUGGAUGACGACGACGACUUCGAUUGCGAGCCGAGGUUCCCGAAAAAGUCUUCUGAUAACACAGGCAAAGUCCCAAAGGCUCCUAAGGUACCUGUUAAAGAAUUGAAGUUCAUAACUAGUACUAAGAAGAAAGUGCAAGAGAAGAAGGCGUUGAAACCGUCUGCACCUUCGGUUAAGAAGUCCGGUUUGACAAAGGAGAAGGGAAUCGGGGAGAUCGAUCAAAUUCAGAAACGAAUCCUGGCGUUGCAGACGGAGAAGGAAUUUUUUAAGAGUUCUUAUGAGAGUAGAUUGGCUAAGUACAGGGAAGUUGAGAAUGAGAUAAAAGAACUGCAAGUGAAGGUUAAUAGUUUGCAAGAUGAAUUCGGUGAAAGUAAGGUGAUCGAAGAUGACGAUGCUCGGAAUAUAAUGGCGGCGACAGCCUUGAAAUCGUGCAAAGAGACAUUGGAUCAGCUGAAACAGGCACAGGAGAGAUCAGCAGUAGAGUUCGAAGUAGAGCGAAAGAGGACCAAAGUAUCAAGGGAGAAGGUGGAUGCUUUGAAGAAAUUGUUCCUUUCGAUUGAAUCUGCCGCGGAAUUAACAAGGAUCGCAGAAAAAAGGGCGAAAAAAAGAGAAGCGAACGUGCAUAACAUUGUAGAAAAGCAGGAGGACAAUAUGGAGUCGGAGGCUGGCGAUACUGAUUCCGUGGCAGAUGUGGCGGACAAGAUUGAUGUAUUGGUGAAUAAGGUGACGAGCUUAGAAACUACAAAUUUGUCUCAGGCAGCUCUACUUCAGAGAUUAAAAUGGGAAAAUGAUGAAUUUCAAGCCCUUACACAGAGCCUGGAAGAUGGUAAGGCGAACCUGGUCGAUGGAAAGCAGGAUUUGAAGGGGAAGAUGAUCGACUUGGAGCUUAAGUGGCGAGCAAUUCGGGAUUUGAACCAUAGUGUUGAAAACCUGACGAAUAAUAUGCAAUCUCGUCUCAAUGAUGCACAUUCUAAUCUUGAUGAACUUUCCCAGAACGUACAGCCGGUUGAGAAUCUCAAAAGCUCAUCCGCAUUGUGGAAGAACGAAACCAAAGAGAAUCCGAAGAAAGCGAAAGCAGGGAAAGAGUUUUUGAAGCAGAAAGCAGGGAAAGAGUUUUUGGAGCCGAAAGUGACAAGGUCUGAAAGGUCUCAAGAACAUGUUGCAACUGACAGUGCUGAUGCCUCUAAAGAAAUACAUUCUGUCCCGAAAGCCGCAAUUGAAGGAGAUGAGAUUUCUAAGGUUUCCAAAACCUCUGAUUCGAAAGCAAUGGCUCAAAUUGUCGGGCAAGCUUCAUCACUUAUAGCCAACACGGUGUCCAAAUCUGAUUCGAAAGAAAAUGAAGCUGCAUUGUCUCAGGCAUUGGAGGAAACCAAGAAGCAGCUCAUGGAACUCAAAACGAAUCAUCAGAACGAACUGUUCGAGAUAACAUUGGAGUUAAAAGAAUUGAAGGACCUUAUCGCCAAGAAAGACGAACAGAUUCGAUCUUUACGUUUGAAAGCAUGCCGAGGCCAGACCGGUAUUGGUAAGUCCAAGUAUGAAGGAGCUGAUGAAUUCCUAGAAUGUCAUGAAACAAAAUCAAUAGAUCCUCCGGUUAAGAAACAAGUUGAAGAAGUCGAAGAAGAAUUGAUCCCAAAGCCAGUUAACGAGUCCGAACCUAUAUCCGCCACCGAAGAAAAGUUUAGAACCGACCUUGACGAACUGCUAGAAGAGAACUUGGAUUUCUGGUACAGAUUCAGCUCGACAUUAUACGAAGUACAAAAGUACCAAUCUGGGGUUAAAGAUUUAGAGGCCGAGGUAUUAAAACUAGAGGAAAGGCAAAGGAGUGAGGGAAGUAGCACCUCGAAAUACUCGGUAAAAUCAGACGUUCGACCAUUGUAUAAGCACUUGAGAGAAAUGCAGACCGAACUGAAUCUGUGGAUUGAUAAAGCCGAGUCACUGAAAGAGGAGCUGAAGAACAGGUCGGCUUCUUUAUGCGAAAUCCAAGAAGAGAUCACCAAGGCAUUGAAAGCUAGUGCCGAAGACGACGAGAUCCGGUUCACAAGUUACCAGGCGGCCAAGUUCCAAGGCGAAAUACUGAACAUGAAGCAAGAGAACAAGAGGGUGGGCGACGAAUUGCAAGUCGGAUUAGACCUGGCGUUAUCGUUGCAGCGUGAUGCAGAUAGAGCACUGACGAAGUUGAGUGACGAUUGGGGACUAUCGGGUCCGAAGAGCCAUCAAGGCGGCCCGUUGGAAGUUCGUUCGAACGUGCCAUUGAGGUCAUUUAUCUUUGGUACGAAACAAAAGAAACAAAAGACGUCCAUUUUCUCCGUGGUUCAACCUGCACUGCAAAAGAAGCAGCAUAAAUCAGGACAUAGCAGUAGUAGUAGAUAAAUGGUUGGACUCUGAA